CCUUAUCUACAGGCCACAGGCAGCUUUGAGGCUCUUAUCAGCAGCAGCCACAUUGUACGAGCACAUCCUCUUGUCCAGCAGGGAGCGGAAAACUCUCCUUGCAACAUGUCUCUCUCUCUCUCUCUCCCUCUCUCUCCCUCUCUCUCCCUCUCUCUCCCUCUCUCUGCCCUGCUCUCCUAUCUCUCUCUGACUUUCUCCCACCUCAAGUUUGCCAGUACCAGAGGAGCUCUCCGACUGGCGACCGACUUAAGCAUUGUGUCUUUGGCGAAAGAGUGAGAGAACGAAGGAGAGACAGACGGACAGGACAGUAGAUAGAGAGAGAGAAAGAAGGAGAGAGAGAGAGAGAGAGAGAGAGAGAGAGGGAGAGAAAGAUUUGUGUAAUGACUUGAGGACGGGGACCUUCACCAUCCACCUCCACACUUUCUCUUUGUAUAAAGGAGCAACUUCACAACUAAAAACUACAAUUUCAUCUCUGUUGAUAAUUUGAACCAUUAUGGUUUUUAUUUAAAAUCUCUUUAAGAGUUUGGCAUUGGUUUGAAGAAUGUUAUGAGUGAUGUCAGACAGUUUGGCUCCAGUUCUGAUGUGAGAGAUUGACAGACAGACAGACGCUGUCAGGCUGCAGAGGACCGUGAGCGACCUGAGGAGGAGCGAGUAGAAGAGGAGGAGGAGGUUAAACACUGAGGAGAUACAACAUGUGCUGCGUUCACAGAUCAGUCUGAUGGAUUUCUGCAUCACAGACAGACAAGUCACACUGGAUGUCAGGAUGUAUAUACUCUUUGAUAUCAAUCCAAUCUGCAGCGGUCUGGGACACUUUGAAUGCUGAAAGGGGUUUUGACUCACAUCCUCGAAAUACACAGACAGACGGGUAGUCUCAAUAAGAGCGGCCACAGGAGACUCGUUCAAAACCUUGAGUCUGCUGCUCAGGAUGUACAGUAUGAAAAAUCCACUCCAAAUCAGACUGCAACAACCCCCACAGAUCCAUACUGAACCCAGAGACGGCAAGGCAAAGAGCAGAAAAGAAACAUUUGAUUCAUUGGCACCAGUGUUGGAUUAAGAGAAUGAUUACUUUAAUAAUGACACCCUCCACGAUAAGAGCGACUUAAGGAUUUCAGAUCAGCCAGAGACAAACCUACAGUUUUGAGCUUAAGCAGGAAUGUAUUGCAUAAUCUCCAGGAAGGCGGAACAAAGAGGAGGAAAUAAAUGGUUGUAGGUCCCCUGUAAAGAAAAGACAUGAACACUUUUUUUUAUUUAAGCAUCCCUGCAAGUGACACACAUGAACAUGUAAGUUACACAAACGUUAACACAACACUGGAUUUAGACACACUGACAACACCGCACACUGUACCACAAUGAUGGAAAAGCUGAACCCCAGCUGCCAACCUGCCUCACCCCCCACCCUUCCUCGCUCCUCUUCCACGUCUUCCUCCGUCUCCCCCACAUUCUGUGCCUCCAUAGAGCAGAACAGUCCCCUCCAGAACAACACCAGAAGAUCUUUGGAUGCCAUCGGCAGCCCGCGUCCAGCUAACAUCACACACAAUAGACACACAGAUGUUCCUGCUGCUGCCACAACCAGAGCGUUAUCCAAUAAGCUUGCAGAUACUACUGCCGCUGCACCUGAGCCCAUCGUCAUGGAGACCGAGGAAGAGGUGGAUGAGGAGAAGCAAGGAGAAAAAAGCCCCACCCCAACACCUGCAGCUCCUGCAAACAGGUCCCCAACUCUCUCCUCCCCGCCCCCCCCUCCUCCCAGCACCAGCCAAGACCUCCCUGUGCGCUCUUCCUACUCCACCCUCCUCUUCUUCCUCCUCCUCCUCCUCUCUACCUUCAUUCUCUCCUCUGCCUCCACACAUUCCAGUCAUCAGCCUCGGUCACAGCAAACCACCUCUACCGCUCCCUCUACCGCUCCCUAAUACCCCUUUGACCGCCCUCCACCCAAUCCCCAACCUGCUGCAUGGGCCCCACGGGGACCUUCGCCGCAAUCAGCUGACCUAUGUGCCUGUGUCCAGCCCUGGAGCCUCUGGAGUUGGUGCUGGGGGCCCUUCAAGUCACUCCCCGGGGUCCCUAAUGCCUCAGCAGUACCUGUCUGCACACCCCUUUUUCACCAGUUCUUACCUGGGUCCUCCAGCAGGAAGCUAUAGUGUCAUCAACAGCAGCCGUAUCAAGAGAAGACCCUCGUCACACUUUGAGAUGGAAAUCAGUGAAUGCCCACCUCAGAAACUUGCCCGCCGUGUUUUCACCAACAGCCGUGAGCGCUGGCGGCAGCAGAAUGUGAACGGGGCCUUCUCUGAGCUGAGAAAACUUAUUCCUACACACCCACCUGACAAAAAGCUCAGUAAGAACGAAAUCCUGCGUCUGGCUGUCAAGUAUAUAAACUUCUUGGUCACUCUGCUCAAUGACCAGGCCCACGACAAGAGCAGGGACUCAGCUGAGGACGAGGAGGAGGAGGAAGAAAUCACUACAGUGGGGCCAGACAGUAAUAAACAGAACCCCCUUUUUCAGUGCAACACACCUCCUCCUCCUCUACGACCAUCCUCCACCCAUCCAGCCUCAGCCACGGUCCACAGAGACAGAGACUCAGCAGACUCAGUCACUAAGUUAACACUGGCUAACUCCCCAGCCACAUCAAGUUGCUAUGGUGACACGGACAGUGAGGAAAGCUAUAAGGUGAAGACCUCUUUGGUGACCAAUGGCAUUCUGGGAAAGGUCAAGGGUCAGAUAAGGAUGAUGGCGGCCACAAGUGAUGAGCGGUGACACCUAAAGAAAGCAGACAAAGAGUGUCCAGGAACGCCAACAGUUGGUGCUGUCUCAUUGACGGCCAACGAGUUUCCUGCAGAAAGGAUGGGGGUUGAAGGUGUAUGUGGGCGUGCUUCUGUGUGUUUGAUGGCUGUCUGGGCUUGCGGGGUGGCAACUGCUGCAUGGGCGAAAGGGAAAGAGGAAACCAGAGAGAAUACAGCCACCAGGAUGCUCUGGGAACCCCUGUGCACCCGGUUUCUGGACCACACAACAGGAAGAACUGCUUUCACAAUGCUGCUCUUGCUGCCCGUGCCCGCUCUGCUGUGCCAUGCUGUUCUGUCCCCUCCCUGCUUCACUCUGAAACCACAGAGAUGAUUUCAGGCAGGGGAAGGGGUCACACAAAUAAAGGAAUACUGCAGUGUUCUGCAAUUGCAAACACAAAAGUAUUUCAUUUUUCUACCAAAGGUUUGCUGUUUAGUUGAUAGUCAAUGAACAAUAUAUGAUCUGUAGAUUGCAUAUUUGUGGAGCAUGCCCUUAUGAAAGAUCUUCUAAUGUCAUGAUAAUUAUUGGUAGAUAAACCAAUGAAUUUUUUACAACAGAUGCGUUGCCUGUUACAACAAGGAAAAUUACAGGUGUAAUUACAAAGAUUGCAUUCCAUUUAGGUGAACACGUUUCAGGGUCCUGGUAAUGUGCAUGCUUAGGCACUAAGCAUAAUCUUAUUUUCCCAUAGAGCUUUUAGAUGUGUCUACUCCUGAACUAGUCCUUUACUACUAUUUGACUCUCGACAAGUAGACAGAAUUCUCAGUUUGGAAAACUUUUAAGGAUUGAGAAAGUCUUAUCCUGGAAUCGCUCUCACUGAUUAACAAUAGAGAAGAGUAUUCCAUUUCCUUAACCAAUCACUAGAGAUCAACUUAAAAGCCUCAACUUAUAAUUUUGGCCUGACGCUAACAUUCAAAAAUGCCAACAUACUUGUUUGCAAGAGUUUCAAAAGUUUCCACACUGUCAUUUAACAUGCUAUUAUUACAGAAAUAUUGGUUCUAGGUGUUUUGUUCAAAAGGUGCCCCAGUAAGUCAUUGCAGAAACAAAUUACAAAGAACUGGACCCCUCAAGUGAGGAAAUUAAUUUAAUUUUCUGACAUCAACAUCACUACCUCUUCUUAAAUUAAUCUGCUCUCUCCAUUUAGCAGAAUAGACAGUCUGGUAUGUGUGUGUAGAUUUUCUAAAGCCAUUAAAAUGACACCUUUCAUGUUGCGUGACUGCUGGGGUGUCAUCCUUCU